AUGCUCUGCCUCCUGAUGGUGGUCUCCUUCCCAGCAGAGGGAGCAAGUGCUGCUACGGUGCCUCCUCCUUCUCUUCCCCCUGAACAGGAAUCUGGGGAGCCGGUUCUUGAGGACUGGGAAGGGUGGGGUUCUGGAUCAUCUCUUCUGCACCUGCUUCACAGCUUUCCUGCUGACAGCCCCUUCGUAACAGAAACCCCAGAAAAUCCAGUCAACUGCUCCCAGCGCUUCUGGCUUCCGCCGUCCUCUGCCAUCUGCUGGGAAAACAUUGCUGGGCCAGAGGAGUUUGCCAGGUCCCGUCUGCUGGUUCUCCAGAACAGGGCCGCUCUGCAGGCCGUGUCCACCUCCAGUGGGGUGGAGGACAGUGGGAUCUCAUAUGAACACCAAGCCAGAGAGGAGGUCCAGGGGAUCCAGUCAGACUACAUGAAUGCGGUGGAAACCAUGCAGACCAUGGAGAAGGUGUUCGUCUCUCUUGAGGAGAAGAGGAAGGAGGGGAAGGAGCAAGGGGUCUUCACCAGGUGAGAAAUAAAAACCCAUAGACUAUUGAUUGGUAAAUGCUGAUAGAUUUCAGAGGGAAACUUGUUGUUCCACAGGAAAUAGACUGCACCCACUGGGUAGUGUUAUGGUUAGAAGUCUACAAAAGAGUAUUUCCUAAAACUCAGCGUUACCUGGGAGGACUCAGUGAAUAGAAUGAAAGUGUAAAGACUCACAUUAUGCAGAGUCUGAAACUGAACAACAAGGUUGGAAAGUUCAGCUUUUGGGUUCAUGGCACAAUCCACAAUAUACUGGGAAGAUUGGGGAUUUAUGGACAGAGUCUGAAAAAGUUGGUGAUGAAGAUGUUUCAAUCAAGUUGUGAAAACUAGACAGUCUACUUGAAUGAGGAGAAACAAUGCCAUGUUCGAUUGAGGCAACUCAUAACAGGACACUGGAGCUAACAGUUGAGCUUCAUGGUGUCAUGGGCCUAAGGUGCCCAUUUGAUAUCCUCUGGUCUUAAGAAAUGACGUGUCAAUAACUGCAGGGCUCCUGAGUGUCCACUUGAGGCUGACAAAAGGAGCACUGGAAACCACUUUUUCACACUGAGCCAAAAAAGAAGUCAGUUUUUGGAGCAAAAAUCAACUGGUUUACAGCCUGAUUAAGAAAAUGGCUUUGGUCAGAUCAACUCAGGGUUCCCACAGCACUCAUUGUACAGGAGUGAUUUUUUUUUGCAAUACAUUCAUUUCAAGGUUACUCAGGAUACAAGAUAAGCAAAUCAGAGACAGACACACUGUAGUUAUUUGCGAGGAGGCUGAAGUAGCGCUUCUGGUAGGUUGACCUAACCCUCGACCCCUUCCCAUCUCAUCUCAUUUUACUCCUCUCUCUUUUCUGUGUUCACAGCUCUAGCCAUGAUAUUUUGCCUUCAUGGGGGUCUAAAGGGUCCAUAAAAUAAACUCAAACAAGUGUUGUCAGUCAAAAGCAAGACUUCUAUUAACAAGAGAAACACAAAGUUAUCUGCAAUGAUCACUGAAUGCAAGGAGGCUGCCAAAGAGCAUGUGAUCCAAAAGAAAGUCACUUAGAAAAAAUAUGUGUGCAUAAUCAAAUGAAAGCAGUUAUGUAACCUAAUCCACUUGAGUUACUAUUAUAUUAAAUCUUAAAACUUCCUUACCUUCAGCCAAAAGAAACUUUCACAACUAUCUGUCCUCCUCUCUCUUCAGAUCCUCAGUUGUCUUGACUGUAUCUCUAUGUCUGAAUUGCGUUUACAUAGACCAAAAAAGUCAAAAAUACAAUCACAAGCUCCGCAGAGAUAGAUUAGCUGUGUCUUUGGUAAACACUGAUCCAUGCCAGCUGUGGGAUUGUUCUUCAAUAAGUCUAAGUAAGGCAGGCAGGAUUUCUGGAUCAGUGUUAUUUGUUUUACCCAAACACAACACUGAUUCAAAGCCAGAGAUAGAAAAAUGAUCAAAACAAACAGCUGACUCACUCCAAGUGUUUCCCAGCACUCAUCUGUACAGACAUCUGGCCAAGAUGCAGCUCUGCUAUAAAAACCCUUUUAGAGAAUGAAUGAAAAUUAGUGCUGUCUCCCUGUUGGAUGUGAUGGAGCACACUACAGCUCUCAGAAUAAACUUGUGCAAAGUAGUGUGGAGGUGUAGUACAAAAGUCCAAUGUUUUAUUUGUCAUCUCCUACAGUUUGAAGAUGAAUCUGGUCGACACGGGGACUGCCAUCGAUAACAGAGAGCACAUGGUAAACGUUCUGGAGGAUCACUUUUCAACUUUGGAGACGACUCUGCUGAACAUGCAGCUUCGACUCAACAAACUCGUCGGACAGUAA